AAGCACCAGAUUUUUCCCUUUCGCUCUCCGUCGUAUCUGUCCGAGUCUACAGCGCAUCGAAGAAAAUAGGCCCAACGUUGCAACAAAAUUACGCCUCCGACCCCGCUAGCUUGGCUUGUCGACCCUAUCGCGUAGCCGCAGCGCAGGCAGGGCAUGGACUUCGCCUGAUAAGAGCAUUAUGGCGUCGAUGCUGACCUCGCUUUGAUUCAAUCGAGAAAAUAGGAUUAUCUCUCUGCAUAUCGUCUCCUAAUAAAAAUAUAUAUAUAGAGUGCAUGGCUUCCGCGUCUUUGAUUCACGCUCGGUGUGGUUAUUCCCCGAGGUUUAGUGCCAACCGAAGGAAUGGGACACAUGGACCUCUAGGCUCUCCCGCCUAUCCUUCCUCCUCAACGACGCCGUGUUCCUCGUCUUCUUCGUGUUGUUCGUCUUCUUCCUUCAAUCAUGGUCAGGGAUUGAGCCUUUCUUCCGGCACAAAUAGUUGGAGACAUCAGGGCCUUAAAGCUCAAGCUAUGGGUACCACCACCCAGGGAAAUGCUGCGUCAUCCAGGGGCAUUGCGAAUGCAAAAAAUGAACCCGAUCAUCUUCUUGUCCUAGUUCAUGGCAUCUUGGCAAGCCCAAGUGACUGGAUAUAUGUAGAAGCAGAGUUAAAAAAGCGUCUUGGAAGAAACUUCUUAAUUUAUGCAAGUUCUUCUAACACAUAUACUAAAACCUUUACUGGAAUUGAAGGAGCUGGAAAGCGAUUAGCAGAUGAAGUCAUGCAAGUUGUGCAAAAGACUGACAGCCUGAAAAAGAUCUCAUUUUUGGCCCAUUCUCUUGGUGGCUUGUUUGCAAGAUAUGCUGUUGCUGUUCUUUAUACACCACAUGGCUUCUUAAGUGGUGGCAAACCUGAUGAUGAUGCUAGUUCUACGGUGGCAAAUUCACAAACAGCAUGCUCUUCAAGACGAGGUAUGAUUGCUGGAUUGGAGCCAAUCAAUUUUAUUACCUUGGCAACCCCACAUCUUGGGGUGAGAGGGAGAAAACAGCUUCCAUUUUUGUUUGGAGUUCCCAUCUUAGAGAAAUUGGCUCCACCACUAGCUCCUAUAAUUGUUGGCCGAACUGGUAGUCAGCUGUUCCUCACUGAUGGUAAACCCGAUAGACCACCUCUUCUUCUACGAAUGGCAUCUGAUUGUGAAGAUGGGAAAUUUAUAUCCUCCCUAGGCACUUUUCGAUGCCGUAUUCUUUACGCUAAUGUAUCUUAUGAUCAUAUGGUUGGUUGGCGCACAUCCUCCAUAAGGAGGGAGUCAGAACUUUCUAAGAAGCCUCCUCGCCGAUCUUUGGAUGGUUAUAAGCAUGUUGUCGACGUAGAUUACUGUCCCCCAGUUGCCUCUGAUGGCCCCCAUUUUCCUCCGGAAGCAGUCAAAGCAAAGGAAGCGGCACAAAAGGAACCCAGCAUACAACAUACAGUGGAAUACCAUGAAAUUAUGGAAGAGGAAAUGAUACGUGGAUUACAGCAAUUAGGAUGGAAAAAGGUUGAUGUCAGCUUUCAUUCUGCAUUCUGGCCCUUUUUCGCCCAUAACAACAUUCAUGUGAAAAAUGAGUGGCUACACAACGCUGGUGCUGGGGUGGUCGCUCAUGUUGCAGACACCCUAAAACAACAAGAAUCUUCCUCGUUCAUUGCUGCCAGCCUAUAACAUACAUAGAUACGUGCAUUAUAGCGCCUUAAACCCCUACUAAUAUAUUCCCUUGUUAGUUCUUUUUUUUUUUUUUUGGGUCCGCUAAGUACAACGUAGCUGAGACUUGUGAAAUAAUCACACAAUUCAAUGUAAAACGGAAGCACUUCCAUUGGUCAUUGGCACAACUUUGCCUACCUCUUAUUAUCCAAUAUAGACUUCCAUGUGGAAUGCACGGUGUUAUUCGAUGAAACAUGACACGUUCAUUUAUGAAUUUCAUGGUAAUAGAAAUACGCGACCUACCAAAACAGAAUUUGUA